AACAUCAAACAAUUAACAUUAAUACUUUUGCAACCAGUCAUGGAACACAAGUACAGUACAAAAGCUUUCUUCUAUUCGUUCUAUUUGGCUAUUUGCUCCCUAGAGUCUUUCGACAUUUCUCUUGGGUAUUCAUCGCAGCAGUUGAAUUGAUUUCGUGCUCCUACAAGAGUUAGAUUGUUGAUUGCUUCUGCGAUGUUGAGGAGUGUGUUUGGUGAAUUUCUUAGUAAAGGGGUUCACAGCAAUGGAGGAAAUAAAUCUAUGCAUUGUUUGUACAUGAUGACGAAUACCGUUCACACCGGACAGUCCCACUGUUCUCCAAGGAGCUUCUUUGGGGUGGAAGAUUACCUGGAUGAUGAUAACAGCCGGCCAUACACAUACCAGAAGGAGAAGAAAUCAAAGAAUCCACAAAAGCACAUAUCAUUUAAGCAGCGGACAAUAGCGUUUAUGGAACCAUUUACCCUGGAUGUGUUUAUCUCAAAGCGAUUUGUUCAGGCUUCGCUCACUCAUAGAGUGACUUGUAAACAGGUUGCAGUUUCUGGUACCAACUCCAAGGAUAUUAAAGCUGCUCUAAAGUCCAGGUGUGAUAUACCUGCUUGUUUGGCUGUUGGUAGGAUUCUGGCUGACAGGGCGAGAGAAGCAGAUGUGUAUACAGCUUCUUACACCCCAAGAGCCAGAGACAAAUUUGAAGGGAAGGUUAGAGCUGUUGUGCAGUCUCUCAUUGAUAAUGGCAUCGAUGUUAAAGUCUAUCUUGACUGAAUAAUUACUGUGAUAUCUUAUUCAUGUCUGUUUGUGUGACUGAGCUUUAGAUUAACUCAUGCAAAUUAGUUUGGUUGGUUGGUUGGACUACAUGUAUAUUAUACGCGGCUUUCACUAUGAAGCUGUGAUCUUAACAGUUUGAAAUGAAUCAUAGAAAAAAGAUAAUGAUUCUGUA